AAAUGCCGCCUUCUUUCUCCUCACAUCCACGAGACUUCCCUCCUCCUCCUUCCCCGCGGGACAGACACCGGGUUCAACCACCAGGCGGCCCCGCCUUGUCUGUGAUCUCAGCGGGGGGAGAAAGAGAGAAGGAAACCUCCUCCUCCUGGCCGGGCAGAGCCGGAGCCCGAGCCCAACCCGGCCCUGCCUGGGGCCUGGUCGCCUCCCCUCGCCUCGCCUCCCUUCCCCCUCACGGCUCUCCCACCCCCAUCUCGCUGGCUUUCAUUUUCCCCCUCACAGGCACUUCCUGUGCUGGGCCGGGUAAGGGCCCAGUCGGGCGGAGCGGGGUUGUUUUUGCUGCUGCUCCUGCCAUCGCCACCGCUACCACCGCUGCUGCUUCUCUGGAGUUAAAGCUUCAAGAUUAUUUUUCAUGUUAUGAGACAAAGAUGUAAUUCAACAAAUGACUGACUGCAUUAGAAGUUUUACCAUGACUUUUUGAGGUUCCUUUGCUGACUAGCACAUGGAGUUUGACUUCCUUCAAGAGUCUCCAGAGAGUUUUCUUGGAAUUAGAAGAAUUUUACACUGAAAAAAUCUCAUCUGACUAUGCAGAACAUGACUUAAGCUCCACUCCCAACAUGACCAGAAUGUGCAACUUCCCAGUAGUGUUUUUAUCCUUAAAAUGAUUAAAGUUGGACAUACGUAUUGAUCUAAUUCUGAUGAGUGUUUUGGCCAUGAGUUUACAUCGGCAAAUGGGAUCUGACAGGGACCUGCAGUCGUCUGCUUCUUCUGUAAGCUUGCCUUCAAUUAAAAAGGCACCAAAGAAAAGAAGAAUUUCAUUGGGAUCUUUCUUUCGAAGAAAAAGGGAUACAAAACGCAAAUCCAGAGAUAUAAAUGGAGGAGUGGAUGGGAUUGCAAGUAUUGAAACUAUACACUCAGAAAUGUGCACAGACAAGAACUCCAUUUUCUCUGCCUAUAUGUCAUCUGAGAAUGGAACAAACAUCUGCAGUAAACAGAGUGGAGACUUCAUGGAGUGUCCUUUGUGCCUUUUGCGGCACGCUAAGGAGAGAUUUCCAGAAAUAAUGACUUGUCACCAUAGAUCUUGUGUAGAUUGCUUACGACAGUAUCUCCGGAUAGAAAUUUCUGAGAGCAGAGUUAAUAUCAGCUGUCCUGAAUGCUCUGAGCGAUUUAAUCCACACGACAUUCGAUUGAUAUUAAAUGAUGACAUCUUGAUGGAAAAAUAUGAAGAAUUUAUGCUUAGACGGUGGCUUGUUGCAGACCCUGAUUGUAGAUGGUGUCCUGCUCCAGAUUGCGGGUACGCGGUGAUUGCUUUUGGCUGUGCAAGCUGUCCCAAACUUAUGUGUGGGCGUGAAGGCUGUGGAACAGAGUUCUGCUACCACUGUAAACAAAUCUGGCAUCCCAACCAGACCUGUGAUGCUGCUCGGCAGGAAAGAGCUCAGAGUUUACGAUUGCGAACAAUUCGUUCUUCAUCCAUUAGCUACAGUCAGGAGUCUGGAGCUGCAGCUGAUGACAUAAAGCCAUGCCCACGUUGUGCUGCUUAUAUAAUAAAGAUGAAUGAUGGAAGCUGCAAUCACAUGACAUGCGCUGUCUGUGGCUGCGAAUUCUGUUGGCUGUGUAUGAAGGAGAUCUCAGACUUGCAUUAUUUAAGUCCAUCAGGUUGUACAUUCUGGGGGAAAAAGCCAUGGAGUCGGAAGAAGAAAAUACUGUGGCAGUUGGGAACACUUGUGGGUGCACCAGUAGGAAUUGCCUUAAUAGCAGGCAUUGCUAUUCCAGCUAUGAUAAUCGGGAUCCCUGUGUAUGUGGGGCGUAAGAUUCACAAUCGCUAUGAAGGUAAAGACAUAUCAAAGCAUAGGAGAAACCUAGCCAUUGCAGGUGGUGUAACCUUGUCUGUAAUUGUUUCACCAGUUGUAGCUGCAGUCACUGUAGGUAUAGGUGUCCCUAUUAUGUUGGCCUAUGUAUAUGGAGUUGUUCCCAUUUCCCUCUGUCGAAGUGGAGGUUGUGGUGUGUCUGCUGGCAAUGGAAAAGGUGUCAGAAUAGAAUUUGAUGAUGAAAAUGAUAUUAUUGUUGGUGGAACAAAUGCAACAGUAGAUACUACAUCUGUAGCAGAGGCCCGUCACAACCCUAGCAUAGGUGAAGAAAGUGUUGGAGGAUUGACUGGAAGCCUAAGUGCAAGUGGAAGCCAUAUGGACAGAAUAGGAGCCAUUCGAGACAACCUGAGUGAAACAGCCAGCACCAUGGCCUUGGCUGGAGCUAGCAUAACAGGAAGUCUGUCAGGCAGUGCUAUGGUCAACUGCUUUAACAGGUUGGAAGUCCAAGCAGAUGUGCAGAAGGAGAGAUGCAGUUUGAGUGGAGAAUCAGGCACCGUUAGCUUAGGAACAGUUAGUGACAAUGCCAGCACCAAAGCAAUGGCUGGAUCCAUUCUGAAUUACAUCCCCUUGGACAGAGAUGGCAGCAGUAUGGAGGUGCAAGUAGACAUUGAAUCCAAGCCCACAAAAUUCAGACACAAUAGUGGAAGCAGUAGCGUCGAUGAUGGUAGUGCUGCAGGUCGAAGUAAUGCUGGUUGUUCCUCAGCCUGCUUGUCAGAAAAUAAAUCUAGUGCCACCAAGUGGUCCAAAGAUGCAUCAGCAGGGAAAAAAUGUAAAGGUAAACUAAGAAAAAAGAGUAGCAUGAAGAUAAAUGAAACAAGAGAGGACAUGGAUGCUCAGUUGUUGGAACAGCAAAGCACAAACUCCAGUGAAUUUGAUUCCCCCUCUCUCAGUGACAGUAUCCCAUCUGUAGCUGAUUCUCACUCCAGUCAUUUUUCUGAAUUUAGUUGCUCUGAUAUGGAGAGUAUGAAAACAUCAUGCAGCCACGGUUCCAGUGAUCAUCAUACCCGCUUUACUACAGUUAGUAUUCUCCCAGAGGUAGAAAAUGACCGUUUAGAAAACUCUCCACACCAAAGUGGCACUUCAUUGCUUAUUCCAGCUGCUCCGAGCUCAGAGAUUCCACAGCUGAGUUAUAUUGCUGAAGAAUGUGUUAAUAAUGGGACUGCUAAUGGUGCAGAUGUGGGUACUGGGGAAACACUAAAAGAAACAAACAACAACCAUUCACAACAUGCUGUGGAGUUAAAUACCACAAUUCAUACUGAGAUCUAAACCUCUUAUGUGCUGCAGACAUGUAUUUACCACUAAAGAGCCCUUGUCAGGUAACUUAAGUGGCCAGCAGAAGCAAAGUUUUGAUGCAAUUUGCAUUUUGUAUCUCUCUAUUUAGGCUUGUUUGGAACUCUGGGUGUUACAGAACUAUGUGAUGUGACAUGAAGGUUUUAACAAGUGCAUUACAAUGAAACUGUAUAUUGACGUUUUGUAUCCUUGCCAUAACUUUGCUGAAGGUUUGUAUUUGUAUAAUCAAACAGGGAGAAAAGCUGGCUUAUGUUAAACGUUAGAGUGACUAGUUGUUGCAACUUCCAAGUAAAAACUCAGUGAGUUGAUUUCUUGCACAUGGAAACGUAACAUCAUGCUGGAAUAAACUAUAUACUGACUAAUUGCUGUAAUCAUACCAAAUAUAUUUCAGUGCUGAUAGUUUUGUCUGGAGCAGAAUGUAACCUGUUUUAGAUAAUUCUGAGAUACACAUUUCUUCAGCAAGGUUAUGGCAUUUUGCAUAACUUUAAAUAUGAAAAGGUACUUGAAAUAUAAUAGUUAGCAAGAUGAUGUCUCCUUAUCAAGAUGGUGCAGGUCAUUUUAUUAUGCUUUCAACUGACAGCAGAAGAUAAGGUUUAUGAUAGCUACGUAUUGCAAAGAUUUAAAAUCAUUCUAAGUUGUAAUCAUUGUUGAGAAUUUGAUAGUCACCUUUCAUUAGGAGACUUUGUUAUGCUGUUUAAUUCUUGGUGCCUUUGGAGAAGACUGGGGUUUUAAGUGCCUGGUCUGAUGAUUUCACUAUGAAGUUUUCCAGAAUGUUGUCCUCUGCCACCUUUUUGGAAUCUAAAGAAAAAUUACAACAGAUCAACAGACUGUGGCAGAUUAAUGAGUAAUACUGAAGUAUUAGCCGACCAAAGACUCACUCAGGCUUCUAGUGGUUAACUUUUCUGACAUCUCUUUGCGAGAAACAUGCACAGAAAAAAGCACAGUGCAGAGCUUGCACAUAUGCAAAAGAUGGGCUCCAUGUGUGGCUGGCUUUUGGAGGCUUCCCAUUUGUGCUUAUGGAUGCUGUUCAGCUGAACACGAGCUGAAGGUAGCUCAGGCACCUGCACUGUCAAAAUGCUUGCUACACAGUUCAUUAUGAUUCCCUGCUCUUACUACCACCCCACCCUGCAAAAAAGGGAGACAUGUGGAUCUUGGCAAAACAGCCUCCAAUAUUUUGUUAUUCAUUCUAUUUUGUAAGUUGCCAUUAUGGUGCUACUGAAAGUUGGAUGUGUGAGAAGCAAGCUGCCAUGGGUUACAGCCCAAUUCCCAUGGCCUCCCCUUACUAUUUUCUUUAAUCAGCUUAUAACACUAGUGCCAGAUAUGUUACUUUGUAACACCUGUUAUGAUAUUUGUAUAUUUGUUGCUUUUUUUGCUCUCAAGAUGUGUGUAAACUGCAUUUUACCUGAAAUAAAUGUCUGAGUACUAUUUUA